AUGCUUAAGGAAGGAGAACACAUUGGUAAUUAUGAGAAAAUUUACAUCAAUGAUGACACUGGCAUGGUAUUUGCUGAUCGAUGUAACCUAAGUAAAUUGGAGGGAGGUUCUGUGGGACAGGAGAGCCAUGAGCACAAGGAAUCAUGGGAAGACCCUAACCAGGGAUCAGAUCCACAUAACACACAGAGAUGUCCUUUAACAAAGAACCAUGACAAGUGGGAGAAAUGUGCAAAAGUCAUCAAUGAGUGGGCAAAAGCUCUUACCCAUCCUAAUGUCCAGAGGAAAGACAGAUCUUAUGAAUGUAAGAAAUACGGUGAACUUUUCAAUCAGUUCUCAAUGUGUACAGAGCAUGAGAAAAUCAAUACUGGAGAGAAACCUCACAAAUGUAAUGAGUGUGCCAAACCUUUCAUUUGUUCCUCACAUUUAAAUGUGCAUAAGAGAACACAUACAGGAGAGAAAUCCUACAAAUGUGAAAGUUGUGGAAAGGCUUUUGCUCGUUCCUCAUAUCUUGCUGUGCAUCAGAGAAUCCACACUGGAGAGAAACCUCACAGAUGUCAUGAUUGUAGCAAGGCUUUCAUUUGUUCCUCAACCUUAAAUGUGCAUAAGAGAAUACAUACAGGAGAGAAAUCCUACAAGUGUGAAAGUUGUGGAAAGGCUUUUUCUACCUCAUCAUAUCUUGCUGUGCAUCAGAAAAUCCAUACUGGUGAGAAACCUCACAAAUGUAAUGAGUGUGGCAAAGCUUUCAUUUGUUCCUCAACCUUAAAUGUGCAUAAGAGAAUACAUACAGGAGAGAAAUCCUACAAGUGUGAAAGUUGUGGAAAGGCUUUUUCUAGCUCAUCAUAUCUUGCUGUGCAUCAGAGAAUCCAUACUGGUGAGAAACCCUAUAAUUGUAAAGAUUGUGGGAAAACCUUCAUUUCUUCCUCAGGUUUUAUAAAGCAUCAGAGGAUCCACACUGGAGAGAAACAUUACAAAUGUCAAGCGUGUGGAAAAGCUUUUAUUCAUUCUUCACAGCUUACAAUUCAUAAGAAAAUCCAUACUGGAGAGAAACCUCACAAAUGUAAUGAGUGUGGCAAAGCUUUCAUUCUUUCCUCAACCUUAAAUGUGCAUAAGAGAAUACAUACAAGAGAGAAAUCCUACAAGUGUGAAAGUUGUGGAAAGGCUUUUGCUCGUUCCUCAUCUCUUGCUGUGCAUCAGAGAAUCCAUACUGGUGAGAAACCUUACAAAUGCCAAGAGUGUGGAAAAUGUUUUAUUCAGUCUUCACAGCUUGGUAUUCAUCAAAGAAUCCAUACUGGAGAGAAACCCUAG